AUGAAUGUUCAAGGAAAGCCUGCAUCAGUUGGCCCAUGGGGAGGCCAAAGUGGUCAUGCAUGGGAUGAUGGAAUGUUCACCAAUGUAAGGCAAAUAGUUAUAGCACAUGGUUAUAGUAUAGACUCCAUCCAAGUUGAGUAUGACAAGAAUGGUACCUCGGUUUGGUCUGAAAAACGUGGAGGAAAGGGAGGCAUUAAGGUUGAUAAGGUCAAACUUGAUUACCCGCAUGAGUAUUUGAUUGCAGUACAAGGAACCUAUAGUGCAUUUGACGUGUGGGGCAAUCUAUGUAUCCGGUCGAUUACAUUUGAGAGUAACCGCAAAAGAUAUGGACCAUUUGGUGUUGAGUCAGGUACAUACUUCUCAAUGCCAAAAUCAGACUCGAAGAUUAUUGGGUUUUAUGGAAAAUCUGGUUGGUAUUUGGAGGCUAUUGGUGCUUACAUUCAACCAAUUCCUAAAGAGACUAAUCCCACGUCGAAAGUUGUCUUACACCCACCUCAAAAUGUCCCCCAUGGUGAUAAGAAACUCGAGCACUCAGGAAAUAUAGGCCAAAACUUAGAUGUAGUUGCUGGACUCAAACAGAAAGAUUCAGCUUUACCUUCUCUUCAAGGUCAAGCAGGUGCUGAGAUCAACAAAAAUAAGUUGGUGAAAGAUACUGAGAAGUUGCAGCCAAAAGCUGGAGGUGGUGUGAAAAUACAUGGACCAUGGGGUGGAAUCGGUGGUAUCAUGUUUGAUGAUGGGAUAUAUACUGGUAUUAGACAAAUCAAUUUGUCACGCAGUGUCGGGAUUGUAUGGAUGAAAGUGUGCUACGACUUUAAAGGACAAGCUGUGUGGGGAAGCAAGCAUGGUGGCAGGGGAGGAUUAAGACAUGAUAAGAUUGUAUUUGACUACCCAUCAGAGGUUUUAACACAUGUAACGGGAACAUAUGGACCGUUGAUAUACAUGGGACCUAAUGUGAUAAAGUCACUGACGUUCCACACCAACAAAGGAAUACAUGGACCUUAUGGAGAAGAACAAGGACCUUCGUUUACACAUAAAACCGACGAGGGUAAAGUUGUCGGAUUCCAUGGAAGAGAGGGUUUGUUUCUUGAUUCGAUUGGUGUUCAUGUUAUGCCAUGCAAAAUAAGUCCCUUUAAGCCAUCUCCUCACAAUGCAACUGUUACUCAUAAUAACACUGGCGUAGGGGCUAAUAAGCUAGCUCUUGCAGUAAACGGCCAUGGCGAAAAGUUUGAGCGUGGAGUCUUGAAAGAAUCAACACCCAACGGGUCUGGACCAUGGGGAGGCAACGGAGGUAAACCAUGGGACGAUGGUGUAUUUUCAGGGAUCAAGCAGAUAUUUGUAACUAGAGGAAAGGAUGCUAUCUCUUCAUUACAAGUCGAAUACGAUAAGAAUGGACAAUCAGUUUGGUCCAAUACACAUGGUGGUAAUAGUGGAGUUGCCACACACAGGAUUAUACUCGAGUAUCCAAACGAGACGCUCACCUGCAUUUCAGGGUAUUACGGACCACUGAACAAUUCAGACAAAUCUAUUGUUGUCAAGUCUCUGAGUCUCUACACGAGCCGUGGUAAGUACGGUCCGUACGGUGAGGAGACGGGGACGUUUUUCAUUUCGACUAAAACACAAGGGAAAGUGUUGGGGUUACAUGGAAGAAGCAGCUCUUACUUGGAUGCCGUUGGAGUUCAUAUACUGCAGCGGCUUGGUGACAAUAAUAAGGAUCAGAUCAACAGGACUUCCUGUUUCAAGCGCUACUGAAAAUCUUGUCGACACGUGAAAUAAACAUGCGCCUAAUCGCAUUUAGUUUCCUUUCCAGUGAAAAACAUUGUUCUAUAAACGUGAUAAAUAUGAAAAACUAGAGAAACAAGAAGAGUGUGUAACAUAAAACGAAUAAACAUUGCUAUUUCCUUGCGUGUUGCAACACUUCUCUGAGCACAGAAGCUAUUCGAUGAGACAUGUGACGUUCCCUAAUCGUAAGCUAUUCAUCGUCAUCUUAUAUUAGUACAUCUUUGUUUAAGAACUUAUCUUAAUUAUAUAAU